AUGUUGAAUGAUCCUUGUCAAAGCAUGGUUCGCAAGGUUCGCAAGGCUCGCAAGGCUCGCAAGGCUCGCAAGGCUCGCAAGGCUCGCAAGGCUCGCAGGGUUCACAAGGCUCGCAAGGUUCACAGGGGUCACAAGGGUCACAAGGGUCACAAGGAUCACAAGAAUUGCAUGGAUCGCAUGGAUCGCAUGGAUCGCAAUGAUGGACUAGUGAGCAAAGAACUGAAGAGUCUAUAG